AUGAAUACGCGGUCGAAAUGUACCAAGCCGACAGAGGGCGAGAGUAGCGACGUUGACAGUGUGAAUGACUGCACACUGGCAGGCUCGCAGCAAGAGGAGGAGGAGAAAGUCAGCGAACUGCAGAACGUUAAAGCAGAGUUGGUGGCCCUGCGAGUUCUGUUAGAGAAGCUGACGACGCAAAAUGCCAUGUUGCUGGAACACAGCGCAAAAGUACAAAAGGAGGCUGAGACCGCCAAACAGGAGUUGGCCCAGCUGAAGUACCAGCUCCAACAGAAAGAGCAAAAACAACAGCAGCAGCAGCAGCCAAAAAAGGCGAAGCCACCGCAGAAGCAACAACAACAACAACCGCCUCAACAGCGGCAAGUAACGAAUGCGCCACAACAGGCGGAGGAGAUACAUGCGCAAUUACUAUCCAAGUUCCAGGAGUGGACCAGGGAGAUCCUAGGAAUAGGAACACUGCGCACACAGCCACCAAAGCAGAGCCAACAAAAACAGCACCGUACCAUGGCGCAGAUGGUGACUGACGAUGGAAUACCGGCAUCGGCGGAAUGGUCGCAUGUGCCGACAAGAGCGGAGCGACGACAAGCUGCCGACGACAAGAAGCAGAACCACCAACAACAACAACAGCAACACCAGCAGCAGCAGAACCGGCGGAAGCUGAACAAGAAACUGGUAGACAAAGAUGGUGUUCUACUGGACCUCAUCAAGGUAGUGCCAAAGCCUCCACACACGGUGAAGCAGGUCUGCAAGUUGGCGUGGAAGGCCGACCUCAACGAGCAAAAGUUUCAAGAGGUUCGGUUCCUCCAGGGGAGUUGCAACAUCAGGAUCCGGGAGGCUGUCAACGGAUCCGAGAUCGAAGCCGCCAUUGUAAAGGAGGUCGGCGAGGCCGGCAGCGUUAAGCUUGUGCAGGAGAUGGCGACGGUCAGCAUCAGCGACAUCGACCAGCUGGCAGAGAAGGAAGAUGUCGAGAACGCUCUCCACAGGCUGCUAGGCGAAUCGGUUAAGCUAGACGUGCACAUGACCGAAUACCCGACCGGGCUGCAACGGGCAAGGACAGUGAUUCCCCGCAGAAGUGUACGGAUGAUCGAAGGCACGGAG